CCGUCCUAACUGCUGACCUUUUCAAGAUGGCGGUCCGCGGGCGACACUCUCGGGCUCGCGCACCUCCCCAAGAUGGCGGCGCCCGAGGCCUGGCGCGCCCGGAGUUGCUGGUUCUGUGAGGUAGCGGCGGCAACGACCAUGGAGGCCACGUCCCGGGAGGCGGCGCCAGCGAAGAGCUCGGCCUCGGGCCCCAACGCUCCCCCCGCCCUGUUCGAGCUGUGCGGGCGGGCGGUGAGCGCCCAUAUGGGGGUUCUGGAGAGCGGGGUGUGGGCCCUUCCAGGCCCAAUACUUCAAAGCAUCCUACCUCUGCUCAAUAUAUAUUACUUGGAGAGGAUUGAGGAAACUGCCCUCAAGAAAGGCCUCUCAACUCAGGCCAUCUGGCGCCGACUCUGGGAUGAACUGAUGAAGACAAGGCCUUCCAGUUUGGAAAGUGUGACAUGUUGGCGAGCCAAGUUUAUGGAGGCCUUUUUUUCCCAUGUUCUACGUGGGACCAUUGAUGUGUCUUCUGACAGGCGUCUUUGUGAUCAGCGGUUCUCACCUCUUCUGCACAGCUCCCGCCAUGUCCGACAGCUCACCAUCUGUAACAUGCUUCAGGGUGCAACCGAGCUGGUGGCUGAGCCCAACCGCAGGGUUCUGGAGACCCUGGCCAGCUCCCUGCACACUCUCAAGUUCCGCCACCUGCUGUUCUCUGAUGUGGCUGCUCAGCAGUCACUUCGGCAGCUGUUGCAUCAGCUCAUUCACCAUGGGGCUGUCAGUCAAGUGUCGCUAUACUCCUGGCCUGUGCCUGAGUCAGCCCUUUUCAUCCUUAUUCUCACCAUGAGUGCUGGCUUCUGGCAACCAGGGCCUGGUGGCCCACCCUGCCGCCUCUGUGGAGAGGCCUCCCGAGGCCGGGCCCCAUCCCGAGAUGAAGGGUCCCUCUUAUUGGGCUCACGUCGGCCCCGCCGGGAUGCUGCUGAGCGAUGUGCUGCAGCCCUGAUGGCCAGCCGGCGUAAGAGUGAAGCCAAGCAGAUGCCCAGAGCUGCACCUGCCACUCGGGUAACACGCCGGAGCACACAGGAGAGCCUGACAGCAGGCGGAACAGACCUUAAGAGGGAGCUGCACCCCCCAGCCACCUCCCAUGAGGAUCCUGGCACCAAGCGGUCACCUUCUGCUCCAGCAGCCACCUCCUCUGCCUCUUCUUCUACAUCCUCAUACAAACGGGCACCAGCUAGCUCAGCCCCACAGCCUAAGCCCCUAAAGCGUUUCAAGCGAGCUGCAGGGAAGAAGGGUGCUCGCACCCGUCAGGGGCCUGGUGCAGAGUCUGAAGACCUGUAUGACUUUGUUUUUAUUGUGGCUGGCGAGAAGGAGGAUGGUGAAGAGAUGGAGAUUGGGGAAGUGGCUUGUGGAGCUUUGGAUGGAUCAGAUCCCAGCUGCCUGGGGCUUCCAGCACUGGAAGCUUCACAAAGAUUCCGCAGCAUCUCCACCUUGGAGCUAUUCACAGUUCCACUCUCCACAGAGGCAGCCCUGACACUGUGCCACCUGCUGAGCUCCUGGGUGUCACUGGAGAGCCUCACACUCUCCUACAAUGGCCUGGGCUCUAACAUCUUCCGCCUGCUAGACAGCCUGCGGGCCCUGUCAGGCCAGGCUGGAUGUCGCCUCCGUGCCCUGCAUCUCAGUGACCUGUUCUCGCCACUGCCCAUCCUGGAGCUGACACGUGCUAUCGUGCGAGCACUGCCCCUGCUACGGGUCCUCUCUAUUCGUGUUGACCACCCAAGCCAGCGGGACAACCCUGGUGUGCCAGGGAAUGCAGGGCCCCCUAGCCACAUAAUAGGCGAUGAGGAGAUACCAGAAAACUGCCUGGAGCAGUUGGAGAUGGGAUUUCCACGGGGAGCCCAGCCAGCCCCACUGCUGUGCUCCGUUCUGAAGGCCUCGGGUUCUCUGCAGCAGCUGUCCCUGGAUAGUGCCACCUUUGCCUCUCCCCAGGAUUUUGGGCUUGUUUUGCAAACACUCAAAGAGUACAACCUAGCCCUGAAAAGACUGAGCUUCCAUGACAUGAAUCUGGCUGACUGUCAGAGCGAGGUGCUCUUUUUGCUACAGAAUCUGACUCUGCAAGAGAUUACCUUCUCCUUCUGCCGUCUGUUUGAGAAGCGCCCAGCCCAAUUUCUGCCUGAGAUGGUUGCUGCUAUGAAGGGCAACUCCACACUGAAGGGCCUCCGGCUGCCAGGGAACCGCCUGGGGAAUGCUGGCCUGCUGGCCUUGGCAGAUGUUUUCUCAGAGGAUUCAUCCUCCUCUCUCUGUCAGCUGGACAUCAGUUCCAACUGCAUCAAGCCAGAUGGGCUUCUGGAGUUCGCCAAGCGGCUGGAGCGCUGGGGCCGUGGAGCCUUUGGUCACCUGCGCCUCUUCCAAAACUGGCUGGACCAGGAUGCAGUCACAGCCAGGGAAGCCAUCCGGCGGCUCCGGGCUACCUGCCAUGUGGUUAGCGACUCGUGGGACUCAUCCCAGGCCUUCACAGAUUAUGUUAGCACCAUGUGAUGGGGCCCGUACCUCACAGUCUCAUGCUCGGUACCAUCAGCUUGCAGGGGCUGAAGCAUGGGCUGCCCAGAACCCCAACCACCAGUUCUCUUUCUGUCACCUUUUUUCUUUUUUUUCCUUCUUCCCUUGCACUGAGGUCCUGGAGGCCUUGAUGAGGCCCAGCAAAGAGGCAUUCUCACAGCUGGGUUUAUAGUCUUUGGGCCCCUUACUCAGUAUCCUGGGAACCCUGGGCCAGGAGGUUACAGUGGUCAUCAUAAUUGCUGAAGAGAUCCCCUCCCUUGCCCCUGGGUUCCUGCCUUCCCUCCUCAAGCAGGCACCCAGGCUUUAGAGAAGUGUAGGGGGCUUCUUUCCUGCUGGGCUUACCACACUGCUCUCAGGCCUCAAACCCUUUCAUACCUUUAUUCUUUUUUUUAACCAAAAAAGUUUUUCUUAUAAAAUAAAUUUUGGGCAAACAUCA